GAGGCCAGGUGAGGCCAGGUGAGCAGGCAGCAUGGAUAAAGUGCGGAGGAUCCUGGUUCAUGUCUGCAAAGAUCGAGCGGCUCCACAACGAGCUCAGUUUGUUCAGAGUAUAACGGGUCACUUCGGUGACGGUGGUGAAGAUGUGGUGGACGUGAGCUGCUCACUGGAGAAAAACCAGUUUAUUCUUCACAGAGCGGACAAAGGACGAGGGACACCUCUGAAGAGGCCCGCCUUCUGUCCCAUCAAACACCUGUCAGUCUCAGAGGCAGCUGCGAUCCCAUUGGACGUUCGGCAGCGUGGAGUAGACGUGGGCGUGGCCAUCAUCCUGCAGACAGCCAAUCAGAGAGUGUUGCUGACGCGGCGGGCGAAGGAGCUUCGUAUUUUUCCAAACGUCUGGGUUCCUCCAGGUGGCCACGUUGAGCCGGAUGAGACGGUAAAAAUGUCUUUUUGAACUUUGCUCAGUGUUUCUUCUUGUUGGUUCAUGAUUGUGCAUCAAAGGU